CUGGUGGUAGUUGAUCAAGGCCCAGUAGUAUAUGAGUUGUUCGUCGGUGGAUAGUAACUCCACCCAACCUACGUCCACAUCAGAUGCACAGAAGCGUCCUCGAACAGGGUCGAUAGGGCCUAACCGACAUGUUUAUACUCCCGACGGUCUGAGACCAUAUCUUGAGGUCAUCGACCGUUGCUGCUCUGAUGAUAUCCUCAUGGAACCUACUAUUGCAUGCUUUAACAGUGAUGAUGUACGCCAAGUCUUCGAUAACAUCACUGGCUCGGCAGGCAGGCAAACUUGGCAGAACUAUGGCAAGCUGACUGUUCAUCUACCCCAGCUAGAAUCAUUGGUCUCGAUUAUUAUCAAAAGAUUCCAGCCUGGGGAGGAUACUUUGCUGUUUGAGCUCGGAGCCGGGAAGGGAUUGCUCGGGAGGAUAAUAUCGGAUAUGUCUGGCUGCAGGCACCUAGCAUUAGACUGUCGUAAUAUUACUAGUGGAUAUGAUGGUGAAGAUGCUACUCAAGCCUGCUAUGAUGACGAUUGUGACGAUAAAUCCGACACAGCGUCGAGUGGAGUCGGAAAAACAAUAAGAGUUAGAGCGGAUAUCACUGCGACUGACUUACGGUAUAUAGUAGACUAUCAGUGUAGGAAGAUGAGAGAGGAUGGUAUCAAGGAGCCUAAGGUAUUGUUCAUUGCUAAGCACUUGUGUGGUAAUGGUACAGAUGCUGCCGUGAAUGGUAUAGCCCCUCUGUUGUGUCUUAAUGCUGGACACGGUGAUUGGACCGUUCGUGGAGCAGUACUUGCACCAUGUUGCCAUCCUAAAGCCACGAUCGACGCCUUCGCAGGUCUAGAGUCCGAUAUGGCGGUAAUGGACCAGAUAGAGGGGGAGUCUGGGCAGGAGUGGAGGAAGCAGGUGUGGGAGGUCCUUAUGCAACUCUUGUAUAUGUCGAAGCUAGGAGGUUCUCUCAAGCCGUCGGACUGCAGUUCUUGGUCAGCCAUCACCUCCUCAUUCACUUACUCGCAACUGCGUCGCCUUGGUCGGAAGUGUCGUAUAUUCUUGGAGUCGGUUAGGGCACGAAAGCUCGUGUCGGAGGGUGCUCUUGGUGAUGUGGAGCUGAUCCAGUAUGCCCCUCAAAACGUUACCCCGGAUAACCUAGCCAUUGUCUAUGACGCUUCUGGCAAGUUUGACUUGAAGUGGGACUCUGAGUUUCCCGGAGCUGUUGUGAUUAGGGUAUUGAUGGAUCAGAGUAGUAAUAAGACUGUUACACUCCCAAAGAGGCUUUCGGAGUAUAUUCUAGGCAUGAAGUCUAUCAAUCCAGCGUGGCGGAGACUGGUCAGAUCCGCUUAUCCCGUCUCUAUAUCGGAUAUCGACUGCAAUUCUCCCUCGGGCUGUGUGCAGGUUGAGUCUGCCGCAUUGGUCCUUGUCAAUGAUAAGAGCGAAUUGGCAUCCCUUAUAUCCCUCCUCAAUAGCGAUCCGUUAGUGCGAAGAGUUGUAUCCAUGAUGUAUCCCAUCACUCACCUGAGAGAGGAUGCUGGUGCCCACUCUUUGCCGGACCUAGCAUCGGACCAGUUACCUGUGAGGACCUGUGCCGCGCCCAACUCAUUACAGCUCACCAAGGACAUAUGCAAUGAUGAGAACUGUGGUAAAAACGGUGUCGUCUGUGAUAAGUUGAGCCCUACCAAGUUCGUAAGCGUCUACUCGGGAGUCCAAUUCAUAGACGGUAUCGACCCCUGGCCUGUCAGUAGCAAGCCGAGAUGCUGUACUUUCGGUUGGUCCAUCGUUCCCCGUACUGAAUGGAAUCCUUCGCUUCUGAGGAGAACGCAGACUGCCAGGUAUGUUGCUCGAUUGUAUGAGCUAACAACGAGAUUUGCUGUGUCAAUAACUCGUGACACUCGAUUCUACAUGGUAUGCGAUAAGAAGAAGGACAGAUCUGAGCUAGAGGACGCGAUCGAGUCGGGCUUUGGAGGUGUCCUUGUUGAUGAUCUGACUGAAGCAAAUCUCCUCAUAGUAGAGAUACCCAGUCAGAGACACGAUGCAAUACUCCGCCGCACGAGUGAAGCGCUCAAGGUCUGUAAAGAUGGCACAAUGGUUGUCGCCCGACUCAACGUUAACGGCAUCCGGGGGCACACAUUGAAGAAGCAAGAUAAGGAUCUUCGGAAACUUGCGGUGGCCGCCGUCCGAAACACUUGCGUCGAUAUCCGUAUCAACCAUCUCGUUACUGACAAGGAACUAGAACGUACACUACUUACCACUGUGAAGCAUAAGCCUGUUGAAGCUCAGAACUGAGUUCUCAGCUGCAUCUCUAUCGGUUUCUCUAUG